AUGCGGGGGCAGGGGCAGGGGUUGGAGGAUGCCCCGUUGGCUGGCUCAGUCCCAGCGCUCCCGGGCAGUUUCCAGGCAGGCAGAUUUGACCUUUUCCCUCUCUCAGAGUUAAAUGCCUCCAGGGCCCGUGGCAGCAACCACAGCGUGAACAGCCUGCCAGGACCGCCGAGCACGUGCAGCUCCACGCAGAAGUCCGUGGUCAGCUGGGCCGAGUCCUUUGAGACGCUGCUCCAAGAUCGUGUAGCUGUCACCUACUUCACUGAGUUCCUCAAAAAGGAGUUCAGCGCGGAGAACGUCUACUUCUGGCAGGCAUGUGAGCGCUUCCAGCAGAUCCCGGCCAGUGACACGCAGCAGCUGGCGCAGGAGGCCCGGCGGAUCUACGACGAGUUCCUCUCCAGCCACUCGGUGAGUCCUGUGAACAUUGACAAGCAGGCCUGGAUUGGGGAGGACGUGCUGGCCACCCCAUCCCCGGACAUGUUUCGCAUCCAGCAGCUCCAGAUCUUUAACCUGAUGAAGUUUGACAGCUACGCACGCUUUGUGAAAUCCCCGCUCUACCAGGCCUGUUUGAGAGCGGAGAGCCAGGGGCAGCCUCUGCCAGACCUGCGGCCCCACUCCCGCAGCAGCAGCCCCCCGCCUGACCUCAGCAAGAAGUCAAAGCUGAAGCUGGGCAAGUCCCUCGUGGAGGCAGCCGGCAGCAGCACCAAAGGCAGCCCGCGCCGCUCCUUCAGGAAGGGGGAGCGAAGGGAGCCCUCCUGGGCAGAGGGCGGAGAAGGCGGUGGAAGUGCCCUGCUAUGGCGCGAGUCCCAGGGCUCCCUGAACUCCUCGGCCAGCCUGGACCUGGGCUUCCUGUCCUCCACCAGCACCACCACCAGUCCCUGGACAGAGAAAGCGCUUGUGCUGGACCAGGAGUGCUCUGUGUUGGCAGACCAGGAGGUGAAGCUGGAGAACAGGAUAAGUUUUGAGCUGGUGAUUUCCUCCCUCAAUAAGACCGUCCGCAUCACAGCAAAGUCAACCAAGCGCCUCCGGGAAGCGCUGGAGCCGGUGCUGGGGAAAUACGGCGUGAGCGUGGAGCUGGUGUCGCUGCGGCGGCAAGGCGAACCGGGGACCUUGGACCUGGAGAAGCUGGUUAGCACGGUGGCUGCUCAGAAACUUGUCCUGGAAACACCAGCAGGCAUCAAAGUGAUGGAGAACGCCGAGGGUGCCACUGCCCCGUCCCCGCUCCGGAGCGAGGAGGGAAGUCCAACGGGAACAGAGGCCGACACGCUGUGGGAGAUGCCCUCCUCCUUCUCCAGGCCCCGCUCGUCAGCUGCCACAAACCUGAACCGGCGCACGUAUGACCUGGAAGGUGAGACCUGUGAAUCCUAAACUCAACGGGGCCUGCUCUCCAAGGAGGACCUGGUCCUGCCUGACUUCCUCCAGCUCCCGGCGCAGGAUGACGGUGUCCGCGAGGGCUCGGAUCAGCCGCACAAGCCUCACGCAGGCUCCAAGCGAGAUGACCAGGCUCCCCCUGCAGAGCCAACACCAGCUCAACCUGCAGCUGACUACGAGCGCCGCUGAGUCCUGCUGCACGUCUGCGCCCAGCACGUGGCACCCCCGGGCCAUGGCAGGCUCCAACACGGGGCUUGACCAGCCCCUGCCCUGCACUGCCGGCAGUGCCCGGACCGCACAUUCGUCCACGUCCUGUUCCAAACUGUCGUGUCGUGUUGCCGUGAGUGGUUGAGCAGCUGCCAUGCCCCUCAGUGGGGUCGCGUCCUGGUGCACGCCAAGGGAGUCCUGUACAUAAUCGUUUGAGCUCCUGUGCAAAGCACUUUGCAAUUUCCCAUGCGCGCCUGGCACUGUUCUGCUCAGUGCUUCUGCCUCCUCUGCCUGGGGCAGAGCUUCCCCUGGGCAAACCCUACCCAUGCCAGGCUGGCACAGCCCCGUUGACUGCCCAAGGGGCAAGAGCAACCGUUUACUGAAAGGUGUGAGGGAUGGGG